AUGAAGCUGACUAUCUUCUAUCUCCUACCUUGCGCCGCGUGGACAUUUGUUUCAAAGGCCCCUUCUUCGCGCAAUGCUGCUGUUCCUCAUCCAAGGAACAACUACGAGAAUCCUGCUCCAUCCACCAGGAUUUUAUCGGCGCUCGGUCCGUCAAUUGGUUCGGACGGUGACCUCAUGGCCGGUGGAAAAACAACAACAAGUUCACCUAUUGAUGACGCCUAUCUCACUGGUUUCUUUGUUUCAGACUGCGACAAUACCAACAUGCCUCCAACCCUAAAAAAGAUUCUUCAAAGCAUUGACGACCUCGCUUCGGGGUCGGACGUGAGAGGACGGUUCAUUGACCAUCCUCGUCUCGGGAAUCUUAGAGAGGUGACCAAGGCGAUUGUUCAAGAUAAUUCCAAUCUUCCAGCAUUGACUCCUUUUGCUACUCAUUGUCUUGGAUAUGCCUUUGCAACCAUGCUCAAAAAGCAAGGGUUUACUGGACGACGAGGCGAAGAUGUCGUCGUAUGUAUUGGACGGGAUCCCAGGUCACACGGUUCCAGAUUGGCAGAUGUAUUUGGACGAGGGGCCGAGGCCGUCGAUGGUGUACGAGUGGUUUAUACAGGAAUUGCUACGACGCCCUCCCUUUUUUCAUUUUGUCGUUCUUCUCGAUGCGAUGGAGGAGUAAUGGUCACGGCCAGUCACCUACCUGCCGAUAGAAACGGCUUGAAAUUCUUCACCGCAGAUGGCGGCUUUGAGAAGAAACAAAUCGCCGAGAUGAUUGACAUUGCCAAGCAAUACGCACAGCGUUGGCAUGACAUGGGAAUGAUCCCACCGUCGUCAGGAUCCGAUGGUGUCUUUUGUUCGGAAUGGGUCGAUUGGAUGCCAUACUACGAAGACGAGCUGAAAGCGUCACUGAUGAAGGAGGUCUUUGGUCGUGGGAGCCAGGAGGAGCACUCGGAGAAACCUCUUGAGGGAUUGAAGAUUGUUCUCAACUCGGGAAAUGGGUCAGGAGGAUUCUUUCGAAAGGUACUGUCGGAUCUGGGAGCGGACAUGUCGGCAUCCUUGCACACCGAGCCACUAGCCUCCUUUCCAGCAGGUAUUCCAAAUCCAGAGAAUGAUGAAAUGAUGAAAGAAACCAUCGAGGCGUGCCGAUCGAGUGAGGCUGACAUGGGAAUCCUACUGGAUACGGAUGCGGACCGAUGCGGAAUGGUGCUAAAGUCUCGAAAUCAUGGAUACGAACCACUGAUUAAAAAUCGUUUGAUUGCCAUGAUGGGUGUGAUCAUGGCUCGUCAGUCACCUGGAUGUGCCAUCGUCACGGACUCUGUUACAUCCACAGGGCUGUCGGCCUUUUUGAACGAUUUGGGGUUGAUUCACAUUCGACAUGUCAGGGGUUAUGCCAACGUCAUUCGCAAAGCACGCUCCUUUGCCGAAACCAUCGUCAAUGCGGAAACCGCGAUCGAGACAUCUGGACACUGCGCGUUGAAAGAAAAUGAUUACCUGGAUGACGGUACCUACACGGCUAUCAAGGUCAUUGGUCUGAUGGCGCGAGCAAAGGCCACAAAUGCAGAUUCAUACGUACUGGAUCUCAUUUCGAGUCUCCAGGAGCUGCCUUUGGUGAGUGAGCUUCGGCUGACGGCAGUCGAUGGAAAAUUGGACACUCUGGCCCGCGUGUUCGAUGUCGUGGAGCAGAACAUUGAAUUGUACUGUGCCAAAGAAGACAACAACUGGCUCAUCGAUAGUGACAAUCAAGAGGGUAUCCGCGUUUCCACAGGUGACGAUGGUGGCUAUUUUAUGAUUCGGAAGUCGCUCCACGACCCAGUUCUAAGCCUACAAAUUGAAUCCACCAGUCGGGAAGAUGCCGUCGGUGUCGUGGUGAAUCCUCUUUUGUCGAUUUUCGAAGAUAAUAGGUCGGAUGUAGAUCUCUCAAGCUUGAGAGCGUUCUAG